GAUGCAUUCAAAUGUUAGACUGCAUGCAUGAGUUUUUCCUGUAUAACUUGGAUUAAGAAAAUCUAAGUUAGGUUCAACUACACAAUUUCAUGCCUUAUUAAGCCACUUGUGUCACUUCUGUUCUGUCUCCUCUUUCUAUAUCGAAUAUUACAAUGGCGAAAGUAGGGUUUGGAGUUUGUUUUAUUUUAAUUUCCUUCGCGUCUUCUGCUUUCUCUAGAGUAAUUUUACCUGAAUCCACAAUUCUUGAUGUCUACGCUUCAAUUCAGAAAACUAUUGACGUUCUCUCGUUUAAUCCUGAUCUUCUCCAAGAAGAACAAGAGCAAGAUAACGAAAAAGAAUGGAGUUAUUCUGAUUUCUCAUCAUCAUCUUCUUUCAGUGUCAAACUUCAAUCUAGAGAUACUCUUCUGAAACCAACACAUAAAAAUUAUAGAGCCUUAACCAUAGAUAGACUCGAACGUGACUCAGCCCGAGUUAAAUCAAUCAUUUCAAAAUUGAACCUUGACUCCCUUCAUGGAAUUUUAAAACCUCGACAAGAUGAAGAUAUAGCAGGUCCAGUUAGUUCAGGGGUGAAGCAUGGAAGCGGUGAAUAUUUCGCCCGAGUUGGAGUCGGUCGUCCUCCUAAACCUCAAUACUUAAUUCUUGAUACAGCUAGUGAUAUCUCUUGGUUACAGUGUGCACCUUGUAUGCAGUGUUAUAACCAAACAGGCCCGAUAUUUGAACCAUCUUAUUCUUCGUCUUUCUCGUAUAUCUCUUGUGGGACGCAACUAUGUAGGUCACUUGGUGAUUCUGGCGGGUUGGCGGGUUGUAGUAACAAAACGUGUCGCUAUCUAGCAUUUUAUGGUGAUGGUUCUUAUACGGUUGGUGAAUUCGUGACAGAAACACUAACGUUUGAUACCUCGCAUACCAGUCUUGAAAACAUCUAUAUAGGUUGUGGUCAUGAUAAUAGAGGUCUAUUUACUGGUGCAGCUGGUUUGUUAGCUCUUGGACGCGGCUCACUUUCAUUUCCUUCUCAAGUAAAUGCAGUGGCAUUUUCUUAUUGUUUAGUCGAUCGCGAUUCUACUUUUUCUUCAGAUUUACAAUUCGGCUCAGGGGCAGAACCAGCUGAUGCAAUUACUGCCCCGUUACUUAGUCACCCACUGUAUCCUACUUUUUAUUACGUGAAUUUAACUGGUAUUAGCGUCGGAGGUCAACUGUUGAAUCUACCCCAGUCAGUUUUCGAAAUAAAUCCGAGUAUACCCAGUGGAGUUAUUGUUGAUACGGGAACAGGAAUAACUCGGUUACGAGCCGACGUAUACCUUGCACUACGCGAUGCUUUUGUCAAAGCCACGUAUAACUUAACAUCUGCUGGCGGAUUCGCUCUGUUUGAUACUUGCUAUGAUCUAUCACUAGAAACUUCAGUUUCUGUUCCAUCUGUUGCAUUUUGGUUUCCCGGUGGAAAAUCCUUGGUUUUACCAGCCAAGAAUCUUUUGGUACCUGUUGAUGACAAGAAAACGUUCUGUUUCGCUUUUGCAGCAUCUAAUUCUGAAGUGUCUAUCAUAGGUAAUCUGCAACAGCAAGGGAUUCGUGUCAGCUUUAAUACUGCAACUUCUGUUGUUGGGUUUUCGCCUAAUAGAUGCUAG